CUAAAGCCGCCGCCGGGACAGCCCGUUGCCGGGGGGACGGCUUCAAGCAGUGACCUCCGAGUCAGGGAAGGGUGAUCGCGAGUGUCCGCUCCCGCCCCCGCCUGACAGCUCCUCUCUUCCCAGGGCUCGGAAGCUGAGUCUGGGCUCCCAGCGGACCCUCUGCGGCCAGGGCUUCUCGGCCUCCGGCAUGUGGAUGUCAUGUGGCCCGUGCUUUGGACCGUGGUGCGCAACUAUGCUCCCUAUGUCACAUUUCCUGUGGCCUUUGUGGUCGGGGCCGUGGGUUACCACCUGGAAUGGUUCAUCCGAGGAAAGGACCCCCAGCCCGCGGAGGAGGAGAAGAGCAUCUCCGAGCGCCGGGAGGAUCGCAAGCUGGAUGAGCUGCUAGGCCAGGACCACACCCAGGUGGUGAGCCUUAAGGACAAGCUGGAAUUUGCCCCUAAAGCUGUCCUGAACAGAAACCGCCCGGAGAAGAACUGAUGGAGGACACAGCCCCAUGGGUCUUUCUGCGGGCCAUCGCUGGCCCUGCCACUGUGUCUAUGCGGCCGGGAACCCACAUGUGAUUUGUUUUGUUGCUUCUUCUGGCCCCUGCCGCAUCACCCAGCCAUGCACGUACUCGCUGCUGCUGUGUUGCUAGGCAGACACCGACAGCCCGGGGGCCAGUGAAGAGGAAGGCCCUUGGGGGUUCUGGCCUGAAGGCCGCAGCCACUGUAUGGUGCGGUGGGGCUCCUGCGCUCCUGGGCACGCUGCUGGGAGAAGUGAGGGGCUGGGCGUGGGGCUGCCUUAGGAGGGAUGCCUGCAGGCUUAGUUCCAGUGUGCGCUGGGAAGGAUUCACAGUGCCACCCGGCUCCCUUCACUGUCUGCCCUCUUCCUGUGCUCCUUCUUCCUGAAAUCCUGUCCUAUCAGCUCAGGAAAGUGACUCCCUGGGGAGGAAAGCCUUUCUCUGUUCUUGGAAGCCCAGACUGUUUGCCGUGGGACAGGUGAAUUUGCUUGGAAAUAGUCACGAUUUUUCACCCGUCCCCGCCCCCCGCCCCCCAUCACUGUAUGGUACAAAACUUGAUUAAAGUGGCGUCUGAGAACCAUA